AUGGCGGCCCCAGUUGUGCAGGGGGGCCUGGCGAAGGCCGCAGUUCCUACUUUCAGCAGGAUUGCCCACUUCGCCGAGUGCCCCGCGCUGCUCCCGGCGUGGGUCUCGCGGGCCCUGUUCGGUGCUGGCCGGCGGCCCGAAGGCGAUGACGUGGCCCCGUACUUCAAGACGGAGCCGGUGCGGACGCAGGUGCACCUGGAGGGCAACCGCCUGGUGCUCACGUGCAUGGCGGAGGGCAGCUGGCCGCUGGAGUUCAAGUGGCUCCACAACAGCAGGGAGCUGACCAAGUUCUCCCUGGAGUACAGGUACAUGAUCAGCAGCCUGGACCGCACCCACGCCGGCUUCUACCGCUGCAUCGUGAGGAACAGGAUGGGCGCACUGCUGCAGCGGCAGACGGAGGUGCAGGUGGCCUAUAUGGGGAGCUUUGAGGAGGGGGAGAAGCGCCAGAGUGUCUCCCACGGAGAAGCUGCCGUCAUCCGGGCCCCACGCGUCUCCAGCUUCCCCCGGCCGCAGGUGACCUGGUUCCGGGACGGCCGCAAGAUCCCACCCAGCAGCCGCAUAGCCAUCACCCUGGAGAACACCCUGGUCAUCCUGUCCACCGUGGCCCCCGACGCCGGCCGCUACUACGUGCAGGCAGUCAACGACAAGAACGGAGACAACAAGACCAGCCAGCCCAUCACUCUCGCCGUGGACAAUGUAGGGGGACCUGCAGACCCCAUCGCCCCCACCAUCAUCAUUCCUCCCAGGAACACCAGCGUGGUGGCCGGGACCUCAGAGGUGACCAUGGAGUGUGUGGCGAACGCCAGGCCCCUGAUCAAACUGCACAUCAUUUGGAGGAAGGACGGGGUACAGCUGUCAGGCGGCAUCAGCGACUACAACCGCCGGCUCACCAUCCCCAGCCCAUCUGGCAGCGACUCCGGCUACUAUGAGUGUGAGGCCGUCCUGCGCAGCAGCAGUGUCCCCUCUGCUGUCCGGGGGGCCUACCUGUCUGUGCUGGAGCCACCUCAGUUUGUCAAGGAGCCAGAAAGACACAUCACGGCAGAGAUGGAGAAAGUGGUGGAUGUUCCCUGUCGAGCCAAAGGGGUGCCGCCACCCUCCAUCACCUGGUACAAGGACGCCGCCCUGGUGGAGGUGGAGAAGCUGGGGCGCUUCCGGCAGCGUGGGGACGGGGGCCUGCAGAUCAGCGGGCUGGUGCCCGACGACACAGGCAUGUUCCAGUGCUUCGCCCGCAACGCGGCCGGAGAGGCGCAGACCUCCACCUACCUGGCGGUCACCAGCAUAGCCCCCAACAUCACCAGGGGCCCCCUGGACAGCACAGUGAUCGACGGCAUGUCAGUGGUCCUGGCCUGUGAGACUUCAGGGGCACCCCGGCCGGCCAUCACUUGGCAGAAGGGAGAGCGCAUCCUGGCCAGCGGCUCGGUGCAGCUGCCCCGCUUCACCCUCCUGGAGUCCGGCAGCCUACUCAUCAGCCCCACACACAUCUCCGACGCCGGCGCCUACACCUGUCUGGCGACCAACUCUCGGGGUGUGGACGAGGCCUCGGCUGACCUGGUCGUGUGGGCCCGGACCCGCAUCACCAGGCCCCCCCAGGACCAGAGUGUCAUCAAGGGCACCCAGGCCUCCAUGGUGUGUGGUGUGAGCCAUGACCCCAGAGUGACGGUCAGGUACACCUGGGAGAAGGAUGGGGUGACCCUGGGCGUGGAGAGCAACCCCCGCAUCCGCCUGGACAAGAACGGCUCCCUGCACAUCUCCCAGACGUGGUCAGGGGACAUCGGCACAUACACCUGCCGCGUGCUGUCAGCCGGAGGCAAUGACUCGCGCAGUGCCCACCUGCGCGUCAGACAACUGCCGCAUGCCCCCGAGCACCCCGUGGCGACCCUCAGCCCCUCGGAGCGCCGGGCCAUCAACCUGACCUGGGCCAAGCCCUUUGACGGCAACAGCCCCCUGCUCCGCUACAUCCUGGAGAUGUCAGAGAACAAUGCCCCCUGGACGGUGCUCCUGGCCAGCGUGGACCCUGAGGCGACCUCGGUGAUGGUCAAGGGCUUGGUUCCAGCACGCUCCUACCAGUUCCGCCUUUGUGCUGUGAAUGACGUGGGGAAGGGCCAGUUCAGCAAGGACACGGAGAGGGUCUCCCUCCCCGAGGAGCCCCCCACCGCCCCUCCGCAGAACGUCAUUGCCAGUGGCCGGACCAACCAAUCCAUCAUGAUCCAGUGGCAGCCGCCUCCCGAGAGCCACCAGAAUGGCCUCCUCAGGGGCUAUAUAAUCCGGUACUGCCUGGCGGGGCUGCCCGUUGGGUACCAGUUCAAGAACAUCACGGAUGCAGACGUCAACAACCUUCUGCUGGAGGACCUCAUCAUCUGGACAAACUACGAGAUCGAGGUUGCCGCCUACAACAGCGCCGGCCUGGGCGUCUACAGCAGCAAAGUCACCGAGUGGACGCUGCAGGGAGUCCCCACCGUGCCUCCAGGCAACGUGCAUGCAGAAGCCACCAACUCUACCACCAUCCGCUUCACCUGGACCGCCCCCAGCCCCCAGUUCAUCAACGGCAUCAAUCAAGGCUACAAGCUGAUUGCCUGGGAGCCGAAGCAGGAAGAGGAGGUUACCAUGGUGACCGCCAGGCCCAACUUCCAAGACAGCAUCCACGUGGGCUUCGUGUCCGGGCUGAAGAAGUUCACUGAGUACUUCACCUCGGUGCUGUGCUUCACCACGCCCGGAGACGGGCCCCGCAGCACCCCCCAGCUGGUGCGCACCCAUGAGGACGUGCCUGGGCCAGUGGGACAUCUGAGCUUCAGUGAAAUCCUGGACACGUCGCUGAAGGUCAGCUGGCAGGAACCGGGAGAGAAGAACGGCGUCCUCACAGGGUACCGGAUCUCCCUCGAGGAGUACAACCGAACCAACACCCGCGUGACCCACUACCUGCCCAACGGGACCCUGGAGUACCGCGUCACGGGCCUGACGGCGCUCACCACCUACACCAUCGAGGUGGCCGCCAUGACCACCAAGGGCCAGGGCCAGGUGUCUGCCUCCACUAUCUCCUCGGGGGUGCCUCCAGAACUCCCAGGGGCCCCCUCCAACUUGGGCAUUUCCAACAUCGGCCCCCGCUCCGUGACCUUACAGUUCAGGCCGGGCUACGACGGCAAAACCUCCAUCUCCCGCUGGCUGGUGGAGGCCCAGGUGGGCGUGGUCGGGGAGGGCGAGGAAUGGCUGCUGAUUCACCAGCUCCCCAACGAGCCAGACGCCCGCUCCAUGGAGGUGCCCGGCCUCAACCCCUUCACCUACUACAGCUUCCGCAUGCGCCAGGUGAAUAUUGUGGGCACCAGCCCCCCCAGCCAGCCUUCCAGAAAGAUCCAGACCCUCCAGGCGCCCCCUGACAUGGCCCCGGCCAACGUGACCCUGCGUACAGCCAGUGAGACCAGCCUGUGGCUCCGCUGGAUGCCUCUCCCAGAGACGGAAUACAACGGGAACCCCGAGUCGGUGGGCUACAAGAUCAAAUACAGCAGGGCAGACGGCCACGGCAAGACACUGAGCCACGUGGUCCAGGACCGUGUGGAGCGAGAGUACACCAUCGAGGACCUGGAGGAGUGGACGGAGUACCGCGUCCAGCUGCAGGCCUUCAAUGCCAUCGGGAGCGGGCCCUGGAGCCCCACGGUGAUGGGCAGGACCCGGGAGUCAGUCCCGUCCUCUGGCCCCACCAACGUGUCUGCGCUGGCCACCACCUCCAGCAGCAUGCUGGUGCGCUGGAGCGAGGUCCCGGAGGCCGACCGCAACGGGCUGGUGCUGGGCUACAAGGUCAUCUACAAGGAGAAGGACUCGGACUCCCAGCCCCGGUUCUGGCUGGUGGAGGGGAACUCGUCACGCAGCGCCCAGCUCACGGGCCUGGGCAAGUACGUGCUCUACGAGGUCCAGGUGCUGGCCUUCACGCGCAUCGGGGACGGCAGCCCCAGCCACCCCCCCAUCCUGGAGCGGACGCUGGAUGACGUCCCAGGACCACCCAUGGGCAUCCUGUUCCCAGAGGUGAGGACCACAUCAGUGCGGCUCAUCUGGCAGCCCCCUGCUGCGCCCAAUGGCAUCAUCCUUGCGUACCAGGUCACGCACCGGCUCAACGCCACCACGGCCAGCACCGCCACGGUGGAGGUGCUCGCGCCCAGCGCCCGCCAGUUCACGGCCACCGGCCUCAAGCCCGAGUCUGUGUACCUGUUCCGCAUCACGGCCCAGACCCGCAAGGGCUGGGGGGAGGCGGCCGAGGCCUUGGUGGUGACCACCGAGAAGAGAGACCGCCCGCAGCCCCCCAGCAAGCCCGUGGCCCAGCAGGAGGACGUGAAGGCCCGCAGCGUGCUGCUGGCCUGGGAGCCGGGCAGCGACGGGCUGUCCCCCGUGCGCUACUACACCGUCCAGACCCGCGAGCUGCCCGGCGGCCGCUGGGCCCUGCACUCGGCCUCGGUCAGCCACAACGCCUCUGCUUUCGUCGUGGACAGAGCUGACCUGUCCACCUCUCCCCCAGCCCCCGAUGAAGCGCCCACCAUCGUCUCUGUGACACCCCACACCACCACCUCGGUGCUGAUCCGAUGGCAGAUGAUGGAGCGCAGCGGGGGGUGUGUACUAACCUGUGUCUGCUGUCUCCCUCUGACCCCCUCCGCCCCCAACCCGGUAGCCAUGUACUCCGUGCGGAACCUGAGCCGACCCGGCCUCACGCAGUACGAGCUGGACAACCUGAACAAGCACCGGCGAUACGAGAUCCGGAUGAGCGUGUACAACACCGUGGGCGAGGGGCCCUCCAGCGCCCCCCAAGAGGUCUUUGUCGGAGAGGCAGUGCCCACAGCAGCACCCCGCAAUGUGGCUGUGCAUGGUGCCACAGCCACACAGCUGGACGUGACGUGGGAGCCACCCCCCCUGGAGAGCCAGAAUGGAGACAUCCAGGGCUACAAGAUUUACUUCUGGGAAGCAGAGCGGAGGAACCUCACGGAGCGCCUGAAGACGCUUUUCCUGGCGGAGAACGGGGUGAAGCUCAAGAACCUGACCGGCUACACAGCCUACAUGGUCAGCGUGGCCGCUUUCAACGCCGCGGGGGACGGGCCUCGCAGCACCCCCACCCGGGGCCAGACCCAGCAAGCAGCGCCCAGUGCCCCUGGCGCCGUCAAGUUCAGCGAGCUGACCACCACCUCCGUGAACGUGUCCUGGGAGGCCCCACAGUUCCCGAAUGGCAUCCUGGAGGGCUACCGGCUGGUGUAUGAGCCCUGCACCCCCGUGGACGGAGUCAGUAAGAUCGUGACGGUGGACGUGAAGGGGAGCAGCCCUCUGUGGCUCAAGGUCAAGGACCUCGCGGAGGGCGUGACCUACCGGUUCCGCAUCAGGGCCAAAACCUUCACCUAUGGGCCCGAGAUCGAAGCCAACGUCACCACGGGCCCCGGGGAAGGUGCCCCGGGCCCACCUGGAGUGCCCAUCAUCGUGAGAUACAGCUCCGCCAUCGCCAUCCACUGGUCCAGCGGAGACCCCGGGCAAGGGCCCAUCACCCGCUACGUCAUCGAGGCCCGGCCUUCAGAUGAGGGGCUGUGGGACGUCCUCAUCAAAGACAUCCCCAAGGAGGUGACCUCCUACACGUUCAGCAUGGACAUCCUGAAGCCAGGCGUGAGCUACGACUUCCGGGUCAUCGCGGUCAACGACUAUGGCUUUGGUGCCCCCAGCAGCCCCUCCCAGUCUGUGCCAGCCCAGAAAGCCAACCCGUUCUAUGAGGAGUGGUGGUUCUUGGUGGUCAUUGCCUUGGUUGGCCUCAUCUUCAUCCUGCUUCUGGUCUUUGUACUCGUCAUUCGAGGCCAGAGCAAGAAGUACGCCAAGAAGACGGACUCGGGCAACAGUGCUAAGUCCGGUGCCCUGGGCCACGGGGAGAUGAUGAGCUUGGACGAGAGCAGCUUUCCCGCGCUGGAACUCAACAACCGACGGCUUUCGGUCAAGAACUCCUUCUGCCGAAAGAACGGGCUGUACACCAGGUCUCCCCCGAGGCCCAGUCCGGGCAGCCUCCACUACUCCGACGAGGAUGUCACCAAGUACAACGACCUCAUCCCCGCAGAGAGCAGCAGCCUGACCGAGAAGCCCUCGGAGGUGUCCGACUCGCAGGUGGACGCCAGCCACCAGAAGGCCCACUCCUUCGUCAACCACUACAUCAGCGACCCCACGUACUACAACUCCUGGCGGCGGCAGCAGAAGGGCAUCUCCAGGGCCCAGGCCUACAGCUACACCGAGAGCGACUCCGGGGAGCCGGAGCUCAGCGCCGCGGCCCACAGCGGCGGCACCCAGCAGGGCAGCCUCUUCCGGCCCAAGGCCAGUCGGACCCCAACGCCCCAGAACCCUCCUAACCCCCCGAGUCAGCAGAGCACCCUCUACCGCCCCCCCAGCAGCCUGGCCCCCGGCUCCCGGGCUCCGAUAGCGGGAUUUUCGUCAUUUGUUUGACACCAGAAGAGGAAAAAGAAAAAGGAGAAACGAGACGGCCCCGCCCCCCGC